CGAGCGCGUGGCCGCCGACGAACAGGUGCGCGUGCGCUCGCCGCACACCACGCUCGUCGACGUCGUGGCGAGCGACGGGGGGUCAGCGGACGAGGCAGACGUGGUGGACCUGGCGGACAGCAUUGCCGACGGCGCCGACAGCGCGGCGGAGAGCGUGUACGGCCGCGCGUCGUCGGCGCCGGGCUCGCCGCUCGACCAGACGCUCGAGGUUUCGUCGGGAGAGCUGAGCGACGUUGCGCCCACGCUGGCGGAGUUGAGCGGCGUGAUGGACGCCCGCGGACCGAGCGACGACGCUCCCGGUCCGGCUGGGACGAGCGACGCCACGGGCGCGCUAGAUGGCGCCACCACGGAGCCCGCCGCCUGGGGGGAGGCGGAUGAGGGCGCGGAGGAGCCGCUGGCGGACGCGGGGAGGCAGGACCGGCCCGAAACGGCCUCCUCCCGCGCCAGCCGGCCGGACAGGGACGCACCCAGCUCCAGGGCUCACCGGCGGCCGCUCAGCGCCAACAGCCAGAUGGAGAACGCCGUCACGCCAGUGUACCUGGCGGCCCAGGAGGGCCACCUGGAGGUGCUGCGCUACCUGGUGGACGAGCAGGGCGGCUCGCUCACCCUGCCCGCCAAGGACGGCAUGGCUCCUGUCCACGCCAGCGCCCAGAUGGGCUGCCUCAGCUGCCUCAAGUGGAUGGUGCUGGAGAAGGACGUGGACGUGAACAUGCCCGCGGCCAACGCGCAUAUGGUGCGCUGGCUGCUGCGCCACGGCUCCAAAAUAGUGCUGGACAAGUACGGCAAGUCGCCGAUCAACGACGCCGCCGAGAACGAGCGGAUAGAGUGCCUGUCCCUGCUGGUGCAGCACGGCACUGAUCCGGACUACGACCUGGACGAGGACACGGACAGCGGCCGCCAGUCCAACACCAACUCGCACCCGUGCUGCUGUCGAGAGAAGACAUCGGCAGGCGACUCGUCGGGUCCGUCCAGCCCCCGCUCCACCGAAUCAGCGUCGUCGCACUACUACAGCGGCGGCAGCUCCAACGGCGAGCAUUCGCCGUUUUACCUGCACCGGCCGCUCUUCCACUCGCUGACGCUGGGCAGCGAGCAGCGCUCCGAGAAGAAGGCGCCGCGCCGCAGGAAGGAGGGCGAGAAGCAGAAGCUGAAGCGCGCGGCGCCGGCGCCGCCACCGGCCGCCGCCGGGCCGCCGCUGGUCGCUAUCUCGGCCAAUGAGCUGCAGAAGGUGCAGCUGCGCAAGACGGACAAGCUCACCAAGACGUACUCGGCGCCCGUCGGCUGUGCCACCGGCGCUCCAGCGGGCGGCGAUCUGGUGAACGUGCAGCGCAAGGAUGACCUGAUCGCCGAACUGAAGCGGAGCAAGGACAUGGACGGCGUGCGCAAGCUGCGGGAGGAGCGCGCCAAGUCUGCCGUCCAGAUCCUGCGCGAGGAGAGCAAGGAGCUCGUCAGGGAGUUCACCGCCGACGCCUUCUUGAGCGAGAUCCCCGAAGUGGACGCCACCGGAAACACGAUCCCGGCGUGGAAGCGCCAAAUGUUGGCGCGUAAGGCAGCGGAGCGCGCCAAAACCGCGGCCGAGGAGCAGCGUCUCAAGGACCUGGAAAAGCAGAAGAUCCAGUCACUGCCGCCGUGGAAGCGGCAGCUGAUCGCAAGGAAGGAGGAAGAGGACUCCAAACGGUCACACGGACCAUGACCUAUCGGCGCAUACCACGGUCGCUCCACGACAGGCAUGCGGAGGGUGCCGGUGGCGGCGCCGACUCCCGAGGAGAUGAUGCGCGGACGAGCGACCCCCGUGCCCAACCGGACUCUGCCGAGAUAGUGCCGGCUGUGCGGGGCCGGGGUCCGGACUCUGCCGAGACCGUGCCGGCUGUGCGGGGUCGGGGUCCGGACUCUGCCGAGACGGUGCCGGCUGAACAGCUUCGGAUCCGGAUCCGAGCUCUGCUGAGACUGUGCCGGCUGAAGAGCGCCAGAGUCGGACUCUGCCGAGACGGUGCCGGCUGAACAGCUCCGGAUCCGGAUCCGAGCUCUGCUGAGACCGUGCCGGCUGAAGAGUAUUAGAGCCGGACUCUGCUGAGACGGUGCCGGCUGAAGAGCGUCGGAUCCGGAUCCGAACUCCGCCGAGACAGUGCUGGCUGUACUGAGUCUGAGUCCGGGCUCUGCCGAGACUAUGACGGCCGCGUGGAGCCGGAAUCUGGACUCUUCCGGGACAGUGCCGUCUGUCCGGGACUGGAGACCGGACUCUGCCAAGGAAGUGCCGGCUGUUCAGGGCCGGAAUCCAGGCUCUGCCAAAACAACGCCGUUUUUAAAGGUCGGAAUCCGAGCUCUUUUAUCAUAGGCUGGCUGCCGUACCGCGCUUACAUAAGCCAGGAUCUUCUGUCGUUCAGACUC